CGUGAACGCGCAACGUGAACGCGCAUUUCGGCACGUGAUCCGUUCGCACCAACCGCCUCGCGUUAUAAUGUGGAGGUGACGCGCGUGCCCGACACAAGCGAGGUAGAAGUAUAAACCCCGACGGAGAGAAAGAGCGGGAGAGCAGCCGCAGCCAUGUCCGAGGAGAAGCCCAAGACAGAGAACGACCACAUCAAUCUUAAAGUGGCAGGACAAGAUGGAUCUGUCGUCCAGUUCAAAAUCAAGCGACACACUCCUCUCAGCAAGUUAAUGAAGGCAUACUGUGACAGACAGGGGUUGUCGAUGAGACACAUACGGUUCAGGUUCGAUGGUCAGCCUAUUAAUGAAACAGACACCCCAGCACAGCUUGAGAUGGAAGAUGAAGAUACCAUUGACGUCUUUCAACAACAGACAGGUGGCAUGUGCUAAGCCAGUUCUCCAACAUGGAAGGUGCCCAGCGAGCCUACAUGCACCUAACUUCUUCCCACAUCUGCCGUCAUGACAAAGAACAUGCUGAUCUCACAAGAUUCUGGAAACAUUAGCAGACUCUUGAUUUAACAAUUUGCUUUGCCCUACAUACAAGUGGUGGAAGUUUUGUUGUAAAGAGGGCCAAUAUCAACAAUUACUUUCCUAAAGUGGUUUUGUUUUCUUGUAUUAUUUUGUGUGGCACCGGUUUUUUGUUUUGUUUUUACAGUAAUCAGGUUUUUUUUGUCAUGUAAAUAGUUGGACAA